UGCUCCCACCCCCUCCCCUUCUCACAAGCUGUCCCCUCCCUGGUGGUGACCGCGGCCCGACCCUCUGCAAAGCGAUGGCCCGGGUCCCGAGCGCAGGCUAGCGUGCCUGGGUGCCUUGCCAUGGGCUGUAUUGGCUCUCGGCGCUCAGCCGGUCAGGCAUUUCUGAGGACCACCAACUGGCUGAGGCCCAGGGACAGAGACGUCUGCUCCAGCUAAAAGUGGCUUCGGACCCUGCCUGGGCUGUGGAGUGGAUCGAACUCCCUCGAGGUCUCUCUCUGUCCUCCCUGGGAUCUGCUCGGACUCUCCGAGGCUGGAGCCGGUCCCCCCGUCCUUCUUCUGUGGACAGCCAGGACUUGCCAGAGGUGAAUGUUGGAGACACAGUCGCGAUGCUGCCCAAGUCCCGGAGAGCUCUAACCAUCCAGGAGAUCGCUGCACUGGCCAGAUCGUCCCUGCAUGGUAUUUCCCAGGUAGUGAAGGACCACGUGACCAAGCCCACAGCCAUGGCCCAGGGCCGUGUGGCUCACCUUAUCGAAUGGAAGGGCUGGAGCAAGCCUAGUGACUCACCGGCUGCUCUGGAAUCAGCCUUUUCCUCCUAUUCAGACCUCAGUGAGGGUGAACAAGAGGCUCGCUUUGCAGCAGGAGUGGCCGAACAGUUUGCUAUUGCAGAAGCCAAGCUCCGGGCAUGGUCUUCAGUGGAUGGUGAUGAUUCUACCGAUGAAUCUUACGACGAGGACUUUCCUGGGGGAAUUGACACAGACGUGGCUGGGCCUCUGGGGUGCCACCUCCAGGACCUCUUCACAGGUCGUCGAUUCUCCCGGCCCGUGCGCCAGGGCUCUGUGGAGCCAGAGAGCGACUGUUCACAGACCGUGUCCCCAGAUACCCUGUGCUCUAGUCUGUGCAGCCUGGAGGAUGGGUUACUGGGCUCCCCAGCCAGGAUGACCUCCCAGAUGUUGGGUGAAGAGCUGCUCCUUGCCAGGCUGCCCCCCAGCCGGGAAAGUGCCUUCCGCAGCCUGGGUCCUUUGGAGGCCCAGGACUCCCUUUACAACUCACCGCUCUCAGAAUCCUGCCUUUCCCCUGCCGAGGAGGAGGAGCCUGAUUCCUGCAAGGACUGCCAGCUGCUCUGCCCGCUGCCCACAGGGAGCUGGGAAAGGCAGCAGCAAGUCUCUGAUGUGGCCUCUUCUGGGGUGGUAUCCUUAGAUGAGGAUGAGGUGGACCAGUGAUCCAGACAUGCCCGGUGGGGGCAUGUUUCCCCGGGCUGCUGCCUGGGGCGGAGCCUCUGUGGCCAAAUGUGGGCUCUGAAGCUUUCGAGGGCUUCUGGGAGCACUCACUUCUCCAUUGUGUGUUUUGCAUGAAAGUGUUUGGAGAGGAGGCAGGGGCCAGGCUAGGGGCGCAUGUCCUGCUUCCACUCAUGGGGUUUGCCGGGGCUUGCCCGGGGCCCCUGGGGCAUGGCUACAGCUGUGGCAGACAGUGACGUUCAUGUUUCCUGAAUCCAAAAUGCCACAUUUCCUCCUGGGAUUUGACCCCGAGAGGGUUGUGGCUGGGCUGAGGAGGUGGAAAUGGAGGAAGCCUGGCCACACACCUUCCCCCCUCCCCCAUACCCCUCUCCUCUGCUUUUCUCUUCACCGGAGUCCAUGUGCGGCGUGUGACUGAACCACCUCCACCUGUGGGGCUGGCUCAUGCCCUCCCGGAGUCUACAGAUUGAGCCAUCCCCUAAGGGUCCCCUUUGCCCAGCUGGGCUCUGCUGUGCUUCACCUCUCCAUUGUCUCUAAACCUUUUUUUUUUCCCCUAAAGACAGGGGGUUUCUGGUCUGUUCUUUGAGCCGAUCUUCUUUGGGAGGCACUGGAAAAGAUGAAAGAGUGUGCCCUUGCCCCCUUCACUGCCCCCCCUUCCCUCCACCCUGGCCCUUUCCCAGCAUGGCAAGAUUGUGUGGGCACAUGCAGAGUCUCAGUAGGGCGGAACUGGAAAAAGUAAGGGCUCUGCUUGUUACAGAGCUGGGAGGGCCUUGUCCUUUCUUCGGGGACCACAAGGGGGCAACCCGGGUAGCCAGAUUUGUGCCAAUGAAUGGACAGUCAUGAGAGAGUAGCUGUCCUUGGGGGAGGAAAGAGGGUAGUGCUUUUCUUGGCUGAAUGGAAGGCUGUAGCCACAGUGAUAGGGGGCCCUGUCCCAGGCAGGGCGUUGCUGAUCAGCCAGUGGAAGCCCCUGGCAGAUCCGAUAUUCCGAGACACUGGGGUUGGUAAGUGGCUGCAGAAUGAAUCUCAGAGGCUUGGGCAACAGGUAAGAGGAUCCAAGGUGAAAAUAUGAGCCAACAGCACAAGUGUUCUAUACAUGAGUGGCUAAUUAGGUGUUUAUUCUAUUUAUUGUUUUAUUAAAUUAAUAUAAAAAUCUUUGUAAAUUUCUA